AUGGAUAAAAAUGUAUUGUUUGUUACAAUUGUGUCUUCUUCCUCCAAAAUUGUCAGCACUCUUCUCGUCUGUUUAUUCCAUGGCAUGUCAUUAAGGGAGGCCUUGGCUUUAGGAGGUCUUCUCAACACCAAAGGUGUUCUGGCACUCAUUGUUCUUAAUGAAGGCCGAGCCAUGAAAGCUAUAGACAAUAUAGAAUUCACUGUAAUAGGGAUCAUAACAUUGUUAAUGGCGUCUACGGUAGCACCAAUAUUCUUCUUAGUUGAAAAAUCAACAAAAUGUUUCAGCAACUACAAGCAAAGAUCAAUAGAAAGAAGUGAUCCAAACACAGAACUUCAAAUUCUGACAUGCAUUCAUUCAACCCGAAACGUCUCCGGCAUCAUCAAUCUACUCCAACUUUCUAAUGCCACCACGAGAUCUCCCAUAUGUGUCUUCGCCGUGCACCUUGUGCAGCUUACUGGUACUGGACGUGCCUCUGCCAUGCUUAUUGUUCAAGACUCACGAAAGACUAGAACUAUUAUUGGCAACGGCAAAAACAACAAUGACAUCACCCCUCAAAGGGCCGAGUCGGAACAAAUCGUUGACGCCUUUGGAAACUUUGAGCGUGAAAACGAAACGGCGGUAACUGUGCAUCCGCUGACGGCAGUGUCCCCUUACACCACCAUCCACGAGGACAUCUUCCAACUUGCAGAGGAAAAGCAUGUUGCCUUCAUUUUGGUACCAUAUCACAAGCUACCGACAGCCAAUGGUCGGUUACAAGGUGAUAAUGUUUCAAUACGCCAAUUGAACCAAAAUUUACUUAAUAAUGCACCAUGUUGUAUUGGCAUUCUCGUUGACCGUGGAGUAGGACCUCCGAUAGAACAAAAUUCAACAGAAUUUGACAAAUCGGAAUUCCGUAUAGCCAUGCUCUUCAUUGGCGGGCCUGACGAUCAUGAGGCAUUAAGUUAUGCAAGUAGAAUGGCUGAAAAAUCAGGCGUGACUUUAACCGUGGUACGAUUUCUUGAAGCUAAAGAGGAAAAUACAAGAAACGAGAGUGAUUUGGAAGAUAUGACGGAGAGCGAGGAGGGGAAGGAGAUAGAUGAUGACUUUAUAAACGAGUUCAGGUUCAAGACAAUGUUCGAAGAAUGCAUAAGUUAUCAAGAGAAAACAGUGAAUAGUGCGGAUGAAUUAAUGGAAUAUGUAAGUUCAAAUUAA